AGACGUUUAUGCAUUUUGCCACAGUUUCAGACAUCAUCAGACGCUGCCUCGUCUUAUAUUUAAACUCAUCCUUUCAGCUCUAGCUCUUAAACUACAUACACACGGUCUCUGCACAUACAUAUCGCAGCACCACUCCAUCAAGCUCAGUUAAUACCAGCUAGCUAAUUACAGGGUGAAGAAGGUAGGCCUUAUUGCAAUCAGAACCACACAUGGGUUCUAUAAUGGAUUCUGCUGAAGUGAAAAGGUGUGGGAAGCCUCCGGGAAUCCGGUUCUUGGAAUACACUAAGAAAUCGAAUCUGUCUUUCAAAACUCACCAAGCAAUUGUCUUAAUUGUGACAUUUUUGGCGUACACAAGCUAUCAUGCUACUAGGAAAACCACCAGCAUUGUGAAAAGUGCACUCGAUCCUCAAUCUCCGGACUUGAGCUUAACAUCCUUCUUUAAAAGAGCUGAAGCUAAUAAUUUGACUGCUAGUAGUAAGCAAUCGUGGGUGUUAGGAGGUGGCUGGGCACCCUUUGAUGGGCAAGAUGGAACUGCUUUGCUCGGUCAGCUUGAUGUGGCUUUCCUUUUUGUAUAUGCCAUGGGGAUGUUUUUCUCGGGGCAUAUGGGUGAUAGAAUGGAUCUGAGGAUUUUUCUGACAAUCGGAAUGGUGGGAACUGGUGUGUUUACAGCACUAUAUGGAGUGGGAUACUGGGCGAAUAUCCAUGUGUUUUAUUACUUCCUGGUUGUUCAAAUGCUGGCUGGUUUGUUCCAAUCAACUGGAUGGCCUUCAGUAGUUGCGGUUGUUGGAAACUGGUUUGGAAAGAAAAAGAGAGGACUUAUAAUGGGAAUUUGGAAUGCUCAUACAUCGCUUGGGAACAUUACCGGAUCAUUAGUUGCUUCGACCUUGUUAAAGUAUGGUUGGGGAUGGUCUAUGGUUGUCCCUGGUAUAAUGAUUAUUUUCUUUGGAUUAGUCCUGUUUUUGUUCUUGCCGGUUAGCCCUGGGGCUGUUGGGUGUGAUAACUCUGAAGAUGAUUUAUAUGUUCCACAAAAGGCAGGAGAGGGAGUGAGAGAACCUUUGUUGAGCUCAGAUACAGAUGGGGAUAAAUCAGCUGUGGGGUUUAUAGAAGCAUGGAAAAUUCCUGGGGUUGCUCCUUUUGCCCUCUGCCUCUUUUUCGCGAAAUUGGUUGCUUACACAUUUCUCUACUGGCUCCCAUUUUACGUUAGUCACACAGCUAUAGCUGGCGAGUACUUGUCAAAUGAAGCUGCUGGAAAUCUAUCCACAUUAUUCGAUGUUGGAGGUGUAGUUGGUGGAAUUUUGGCUGGUCACGUUUCUGAUCGCCUUGAUGCCAGAGCCAUAACUGCUGCAAGUUUUAUGUACUGUGCUAUCCCUGCCCUCUACCUAUACAGAAACUACGGACAUGUUUCGAUGACUGUCAACAUAAUUCUCAUGUUGAUCACUGGUGUGUUCGUAAAUGGGCCUUAUGCUCUAAUAACUACAGCCGUGUCAGCUGAUUUAGGGACACACAGCUCCUUGAGAGGCAAUGCAAGAGCACUCGCGACUGUCACAGCAAUCAUCGAUGGAACUGGCUCGAUAGGGGCUGCAAUUGGACCAUUGCUGACUGGUUAUAUCUCUACUAACAGCUGGAGUGCAGUUUUUACAAUGCUCAUGACAGCGGCUCUAGUAUCUGGUUUGUUUCUGACCAGGCUUGUCGUAGCGGAAGUGGGAGCUAAGAUUCACCAAUCAAGAAGAGUCAUCCCUACUUCGAGGACUCCUGCAGCCCUUGAAGUGUAAUUUUCAGUCAAAAUCUAGGAAUGACUCUCCAAGUCUCAAGACUUAAUUGCAACAUUUCAGGAUUUGGUUUAAAACUUUUAGUCCAUAGAGUAGAAGAGGAAUGUUACAUGAUCAAAUAGGAUAGCUAGAGGACUUUGUUGCACAUAUAUGUCAAUGUACAUUAGUUUCAUUAAGCAAAAUUGCAUCUGCAGAAGACAA